AAGUCCAAAGCUUUGUUUUGGAGGGAGGGAGAGGAGGAGGACUAGCACUAAUAAGAGAGAAGGUCUCAACCAAAACCCCAGACGGCUCUUUCUCUCUCCUCCACCACCGCUCACUUUCUCUCUCUACACCUCAAGUUUCUUCUCUUUACACUCACCCACCACCGCCAAUGUUCUCCGGCGCCUUCACCUCCAGGUCCCAGCAGAGAUCGUCAAUCUCGCCGUUCCGGUCCCGGAAGUCGCCGGCGCCGUCCAAGCCUCACGUGCGUCCCGCCACGCCUUCCUCCACGUCUUCGUCUCGACCGCCGUCCAAGCCCUCUGUCUCGCCGGCCUCCGCCUCCAGCUUGAGCCCGCCGGCGCCGCCCGAUGUCUCCAAGUCCAAGGAGAAUGUCACCGUCACCGUUAGGUUUCGCCCCCUCAGUGCUCGGGAGAUUAACAAAGGGGACGAGAUUGCGUGGUAUGCAGAUGGGGACUAUACAGUGAGGAAUGAGUUCAAUUCUAACAUUGCUUAUGGCUUUGAUAGGGUUUUUGGUCCAGCAACGACCACGCGCCAUGUAUAUGAUAUUGCGGCGCAGCAAGUUGUCAGUGGUGUUAUGCAAGGGAUUAAUGGUACUGUAUUUGCAUAUGGUGUUACUAGUAGUGGGAAGACGCAUACAAUGCAUGGGGAGCAGAAGUCACCCGGUGUUAUUCCACUGGCAGUGAAGGAUGUGUUUGGAAUUAUACAAGAGACACCUGGGCGAGAGUUUCUUCUUCGUGUUUCAUAUCUUGAAAUUUACAAUGAGGUCAUAAACGACUUACUUGAUCCAACAGGACAGAACCUACGAAUCAGAGAGGAUGCUCAGGGAACUUAUGUUGAAGGAAUCAAAGAGGAAGUUGUUUUGUCUCCUGCUCAUGCUCUUUCCUUGAUAGCAACCGGAGAAGAGCAUAGACACGUUGGUUCUAACAAUUUUAAUCUACUAAGCAGUCGCAGCCACACUAUAUUCACAUUGACUAUUGAAAGCAGUCCGCGAGGUGAAAAUGGAGAAGAAGAUGUCACCUUGUCCCAGUUGCACUUAAUUGAUCUUGCAGGAUCUGAAAGUUCUAAAACCGAAACAACUGGAUUGAGGAGAAAGGAGGGCUCAUACAUCAAUAAAAGCUUGCUUACACUUGGCACUGUGAUAUCUAAACUUACAGAUGGGAAGGCAACUCAUGUUCCUUAUCGAGAUUCAAAACUCACCCGUUUGUUGCAGUCCUCCCUCAGUGGUCAUGGUCGUAUAUCUCUCAUUUGCACUCUGACCCCUGCGUCUAGCAAUACUGAGGAGACACACAACACACUAAAGUUUGCACAUCGGAGCAAGUAUGUGGAAAUAAAAGCUGCCCAAAAUAAGAUUAUCGAUGAAAAGUCUCUUAUCAAAAAGUAUCAAAGGGAAAUUACCAUUUUAAAGGAAGAGCUUCAGCAGUUAAAACGUGGCAUGAUGGAGACUCCAAAUAUACCUGCAUCUACUCAGGAAGACCUGGUUAAUUUAAAGCUUCAGCUGGAAGCUGGUCAGGUGAGAUUGCGGUCAAGAUUGGAAGAGGAGGAAGAAGCCAAGGCAGCUUUAAUGGGAAGAAUACAACGAUUGACUAAACUAAUCUUAGUCUCCACAAAAAAUACCAUACCACAUAGCAUAUCUUUGCCUAGCAACAGACGGAGGCAUUCAUUUGGGGAAGAUGAGCUAGCAUAUCUGCCUGAUAAAAAACGGGAAUAUGUGAUUGAUGAUGAUGCUCUAAGUCAUGCUUCCGAGCUUUCAGUGGAAGGAAGAGAUGAUAUCACUAAUCUUGAUGAGUUGGUCAAGGAUUACAAAAGAAACAGAAGACGUGGAAUGCUCGGAUGGUUUAAACUGAAAAAACCUGAGAAUCUCAAUGGAUUAUCACCAAGUGCUGAUAGUGAGAGCUCUUCUACUAGUGGUUCACCAGCACCUUGUUCAAAAUCUUCUCAAAAUAGAGUUAACUCCAAUGAUUUGAAGGAUGGACAAAGAAAGUCUGUCAGUAGACGGGGUGAUGAUCAUACCAUCACUGACUCAUUUCUGGAAAGAACCCAAGCUGGUGAUUUGUUUGCUGCUGCAGUUGGUGGUCGCCAGUUGCCUCCAACUGGAUUCACAAUAACCGAUCAAAUGGAUCUCCUUCGUGAGCAAGUGAAAAUGUUAGCUGGGGAGGUAGCAUUCUGUACAAGUUCUCUGAAAAGAUUGUCCGAGCAAGCAGCUACCAACCCAGAAGAUUCAAAACUUAGGGAACAAAUGCAAAAGUUGAAGGAUGAAAUUAGUGAAAAGAAGUUUCAGAUACGUGUCCUAGAGCAACGCAUGAUUGGAUCACUUGAGAUGACUCCACACAGGUCGAACAAUAGUGAAAUGUCUCAGGCUUUGUCCAAGCUUACGACUCAGUUAAAUGAGAAAACUUUUGAACUUGAGAUCAAGACAGCAGACAAUAGGAUACUUCAGGAGCAACUACAGAUGAAGAUUUCAGAAAACUCAGAAAUGCAAGAGACAAUUCUGCUGCUAAGACAACAGCUUAGUUCUAAAGAAAAGAACAAUGAUGAAAGAGAUAGGAUUGCUCCAUGUGAAGAAACCUGUGCUGAUGAAAAUACACCGACCAGUGUGAUGAGCUUAAACAGAAUCCUUUCGCUUGAGGAUUCCAAAGAGUGUAACAAAGAUGCAUACUUUAAUUCCCAAAUCCAUGCACAGGCUUCUAAAAUAGAAGAUCUAAAGCAAGAGAAGGUGAUACUGUCUGAGGAAAAGGAGGGGCUUGAAGUUCAGAAUCUGAAACUUUCAGAAGAAGCUUCCUAUGCCAAAGAGUUAGCUUCAGCUGCAGCAGUGGAGCUUAGAAACUUGGCUGAAGAAGUAACAAAGCUUUCUUAUGAAAACGCCAAGCUGACUGGUGACCUUGCUGCUGCAAAAGAGGUUCAAUGCCGAUCAAACUAUUGCCAAAGGUCUACUUCAUAUGAUUUCAAGAAAAAUAGCAUAAAUGGGGCUCGAGCUAAUGGAUUCCAUAAAAGGUCGGAGGAUGAAGUUUUGGUUGAGGAGCUGCAGAAGGAACUUACUGCAAGAUGUCAAAGAGAAGCUGCUCUGGAGAAAGAACUAUAUGAGAGAGAUCAGUUAGAAGAUGAUUUACGAAAAACACUAGAGAAUGUGAAACAACGUGAAGCUGACUUGGAAAAUGAGCUGGCAAAUAUGUGGGUGCGAGUUGCAAAAUUGAGGAAGUCUGGUAAUAAUGCUGAGGAUGUGUCUCUUCAAGGGGUUCUUGAGUCUGAAAGUUCACAUACGAGAAUUAGAAAUGGGAAUGUGCCGUCUAAUAAUCACUCAUAUGCUAUGUUCAAGGACAAUGAAAGCAAUGAAAACUUGAAUGAGAUGGGUACAUUAGAAGAUUUAAGAGCUAGCUAUCUGGAAGAAAAGAGAAGAUGCAAAGAGCUAGAAUCCUAUAUUUCUAGGUUGAAGGGUGAAGAUGUUGCUGGUCUGGAUGUCACCGCUCUUGAACAGUUGCAGAACCUUCAUGUUGAGGCUAUAACAAAGAUUUGCCAUGCAAAGUGUGCAAAUCGUGUUUUAUAGCGAGCUGAGUUCACUUAAUCCCCAGAUUCACGGAUUUAGGUAUUUCGGGUAGUAAGCAGUGUAUAAUGUACUUUGUACAGUUUGGUAACAGUGACCAGAUCAACUGACUUCCUUCACUACUGGAGGAAGCAAUAUUCUAGGAGAUGCAAUUGUCUAGUAACUUAAAGUUAACGUGACUAAUUAGGGGAUUGAAACUUAAUGUUAAUGUGACUAAUUAGGGGAUUGUAACAGGAGAAUAUUAUAUAUAUGUUGAAUGUAUUUAUUAUCUAUUGGGAUAUUUACCCACUUACAUUUCCCAGCUUGUAACUUCUAGUACAGGCAAUCAGGCCCAAAAGAUUUAUACAACCAACGACAGCUUUGCCUGCU